GCCUCAGUUCUGGUCUCAGCAUCACGAUUUGAGGUUCUGCAUGCGCCGGCAAUAUCGGGGGGGAGGGGAGGGCAGGGCGCGGGUGAAUGGGCGAGGUACCUGGGUGAUCAUCGCCAAGUAAAACUUCCAAGCGAUAACUUCGUGUACUCCUUCCGCAACCCGACUGUGCGGGGAGCCCUGGGUGCUGAAGCCGCGAUCUGCGCAGAUGGUCCGCAUGUCGGUUAGCGUGGCCGGCAAGGCGAAAUUCCCGGUUGGCGCGCAUGUGGACGGACCGGGCCGGGAGCCUGAGCCGCCCGACCGAGACGAACAUGGUCUGGUUAGAUCUGGCGGGUGCCGGCGUCACUGUCGAGAUGCUGAACGAUCUGGGCAUGAGGAAGGGCAUCCUGCUGGCGGGUCCGCGGAUUGUCCUCCAACCAUCAGAUCGGUGACAAAGCGCUGGCGAGCUUGGAGCGGGUAUUUGACGACCUUCUGGCGCGGUGG